GGUCAUCGGCCCAUCUGAACCCCGCUUUAUAAACCUGCCAUUAACGUUAAUGAUCUCCGAUUAUCUUAUCAGAUCAUCUCCCAUCUCCGAAGCCACUCAAUCUGUUGUUAUUACGGCCAAGUUGCCCAACUUUUCAAACCACAUGCAUUGUGGAGCAGCAGGCGAGAAUACGCGAAGGGUAACACUGCAUUCCUUCCCAAAUCCUAUCACUGUUCCACCCCCGUGUAACUGAAAGUACCGUACCUAGGUACAAAAACACAUAACUCGCGCGACAUCAUGGCCGCUGCCGCUCCUGCUCCCGCAACCCUUUUCACCAACGGCCGCGUCUUUCUCUCCGGCGUCGAGCCAGGCACCAACGCCGGUUUGCAUCGCCAACCGAUCUUUGCCGAGUGCAUCCUCAUCCGCGGCUCGCAAAUCGAGCAUGUCGGUUCCACAUCAGACGAACCCAUCACCGCCGCCCUCGCUGCAGGAUCUUCUGCCGUGGCCGUGCACGACCUGCAGGGCAAAACCGUCCUCCCGGGUUUUAUCGAUGGCCACAUGCACUUAAUGCUCCUCGGCCAGGCGCUAAACAAGCUUGACCUCGGCCGGUGCAAGUCCCUCGACGGCAUCCGUUCCACCAUCCGGGAAUAUGCCGCCGCCAACCCGGACGCGCCCCGCAUUCUUUGCCGCGGCUACAUGCACCAAAUGACCCCCAACGGCGUGCGGGCAUCCGACCUGGACGGCCUCGACGGCGAAAAGAACCGGCCCAUCCUGGUCGACUCAAAGGACCUGCACUCGACGUGGUGCAACACGGCCGGCAUCGCCGAUCUCGGCGCCGAGGCUUGGGCCGACGUGCCCGGCGGCAUCAUUGAGCGCGACGCCGACGGCAGGCUGACGGGCGUGUUCAGCGAAGCCGCAAACAUCACCUACGUCUGGCCCUACCUUGCGCGUGUGGCGUCCGUGGACGAGCGGACGACCGCCAUCAAGGCCGCUGUGAACGCGUACCACGAGGCCGGGUACACAGGGCUGAUCGAUAUGGCCAUGGAUGAGGGGAGCUGGGAGGCGUUGCAAACGCUGCGGGCCGCUGAGGGAACCAUCCCGAUGCGCAUCGCCGCGUACUGGCUUGUGAAGCCGUGCGCGACGAGCGAAGAGACGCUGGCGCAGGUUGAGCGCGCCGUCGAGUUGGCGCGGGAAUACAACGCGAGCAGUUCUCCGGAUUGCCGCAUUGUCGGCAUCAAGGUCAUCUGUGAUGGGAUUAUCGAUGCGUGCACGGCCGGCCUAUCGGAGCCGUAUUCGCACAAUGGGCACCUCGAGGUGCCGCUGUGGACGGCCGCGCAGCUAGAACCGGUCGUCCGCCGUGCUGACGAGGCGGGAUUGCAGGUCGCGCUGCACGCCAUCGGGGACGCGACGGUCACCAUGGUCGUGGAUGUCUUGUCGAAGUAUGCGAGCCCGAACCGACGGCCACGGGUGGAACAUCUCGAAUUGGCGGGUGAGCAGGACGCUACCAGGUUGGGGAAGAACCGCAUCACCGCGUCCAUCCAGCCGGUUCAUGCCGAUCCGGCUAUUCUGAGGGCCUGGCCGCGGCUGCUGGGAGAGCACAGGUGUGGGAGGGCGUUUGCCUAUCGCGAGUUUGCGGACCUCGGCGCACCGCUUGCCCUAGGCAGCGAUGCACCCACCGCACCCCACGCGCCGUUAGGCAAUAUCUACGUCGGGACGACGAGGAAAUCAUACCGGGAGCCUGACAUGCAGACCACGGUCAACCCGCAUUUUGCGCUGGGCCUGUGCGAGGCCGUGGCUGCGGCCACAGAAGGCGCUGCAUACAGCUGUUUUGACGACCAUAGGAUAGGUUCGCUGAAGAGGGGGCACAAGGCGGACUUUGUCAUUGUGGAUAUGGAGUGGGAUAAGGAGAAGUUGAUGGCAGCAAAGGUGACGCAGACGUGGUUCGAUGGGAAAAGAGUAUGGCCCGCGCACAAAUAGGGGCUGGCUGGAAUCAUUCUGCGAGGUCAAUGAA